AUGCCGAAUCCAAGAGCCGGGUGGCAAGUAAAGCUGCGACAGAACUUUACCCCAGAUGACGGUAUACCGACUAUGGCGACUGGAGGGCAGGAGCCGGACACUAGCACUGCUGCUAUACGAAGUAACGAGGAACGCGGACAAGCUAUCCGAUCUACGAGACUCACCAUGUCAACAAGGAAGGAGGUCGAUGUGCCGUACACUCAUCAGGGACUACUCUACACAUCGUCGACGAGGAUUCAUGGCGAACUGCAUGAUUUGGUGCAAUUUGAGCUGGAGGACGGUAGAAUGCCGUCAGGAUCGCUGCGUCGCUCCGAGGUGCUUGGGGAACUAGGUGAUAUGAUCGUAGCGAAGGAAUUCCAUCGCGUAUCUUCACUCCAUCGGGUCACGAGCGACGGAUGGGGCGUUCGAUCUGAUGCGCAGAAUCAGGGAAUGUUCAUGGAAGUUGAUGACGUCCCUACGCGGUUGGUCUGCUCUUCUUCGAUUGCCGCUGGUACACCUUUGGGAUGUGGUGGAGAGGGGAAAGAAUUCUGGAUGAGUGCAAACGUACACAUACCAUUCGAUGGCACAGAAGAUGCUCUAUACAUUCCUGCCCUCCUCAAUGCCUCCACACCUCUAUUGGGAGACCCGCUACAUACCCAGAACCAGCACGGCCGUGCCUUGCUGGCUCGUGCGCGCAAAACAAAAGGUGUCUGGAUCUGGCUACAAGAAGACAUGGAUGUCCGCGUGACGUGGUGGUGGAGAACCUAG